ACUAGUUUAAGUAGUACAACAAUGACAACAACAAUAAGCAAGCAUGAUUUACAACUACAGCAGCAGUUGCAGCAACAACAGCAGCACCAACAACAACAACAACAACAACAACUAUUACUACUACAUCAGCCUGAGCAUACUCAGCAGCAGCUGCAUCUCCAUUACACAGACCGACAACAACAACAACAACAUAUACAAACACAACAACAACAGCGUUCUUCAAUUUUAUCAAAACAACCUACAACCAAUAAAAGUUUGUUAUUCAAUAAUACCGUUAAUAGUAGCUUAGUCGAUAACACCAUAAAUAUUUACGAUUUAGACGCUGCGACGGCAACACCAGCAAACACCAGAACAACAACAGCAAUAACUACUACUCGCUUAGAUAGUGCAACCGCAAUUAUACAAAUAGAUUCGCUUAACAACAACACAACUAGCUUAAGUGCCACCACAACCGCCAUAACAACAGCCACAACACCGACCAACAACAACGGUACAGUGUUGAUCGCAAGCGACGCGACCGAGGCGGAGCCUAAGGUGCAAAAGCGCCGUUCAUUGUUAAAUUUUAAGUCUUUCGACUUUCACAUCAAGUCAUUGUACUCGGGCUUGCGCAACGGCAACAAACAUUCGCACUCGCAAUCGUCUUCGUUGGGCGGUGGUGGUGACGGCAGUGGCGCUAGCAGAAGCGGCGGUCCUGGCGUCUGCGAUGGCACUACUGAUAAUGCCAACGGCAGCGGGUUGCUGGCCGACACACCACCCGGGUGCAGAGGGGGCACCGCCAUCAAUAAUCGCAUGCCACCCUAUCUCAAGAUCGAAUCGGUCGAUGCUGAGGAAGCGGAAAAUCUGCUGUUGGAUUAUCCACAAUCACCGUACUCGUCGCGUCGCAAUAGCUCACACGAAGAUGAUAAUCGCUCCAGUUCGCAGCUGUUGCACAUCAAUCGCUACGAUAUGUGUUCGCGUUCGCAGGCCAGUUCGCCGUCGCCGUACUACCUGUCACCGUACGCCAUCGAUUCGGGCAACAUGCGACGCUCCUCCACGUCGGACAUUAUGUCGUGCAAGCGCAGCGGUACGUCCAGCGCGAGCGAUAGCCGCCGACCGAGCACAAGCGAUCUGUUGCGGAAAGCGCGUGAACGGCGCGGUAGCGAGGCGCGAAUGGGUCGCAGCGUUUCGCACAGUGGACUGCCGCGGGGCGGACCGCGAUUAGGAUCGAGUGGCGGCGGCGGCGGUGGACGGCGCACGAGUAUGGCAUUUUAAGAAAAUUGUUUAGCGAAAAGAAAGUAAAGU